AUGGAAACGAUUCGGUUGGUUGGUCCAGAUGUUCCUCUAUAUGCAGUUACUGGUUCUGAUCUUGUUCUGCCUUGUUUAAUUGAACCCAAAACCAGUGCAGUGGACAUGAGAGUGGAGUGGUUCAGGCCAGACACAGAAAACUCACUAGUACAUCUUUAUAAAGAUCACACAGUAAUUAAUUCAGGGCAAAGUCCAUCUUACAUAGGGAGAACAGCUUUAUCUGACGAGAUGCUGGAAAAAGGAGACCCCUCACUGCUGUUAAAUAAUGUUCAAGUUUCUGAUGAGGGGAAAUACACAUGUUACAUUGUUGCUGAAACCUGGUAUGAUGAGUUAACUGUUCAAGUAAAAGUUGAAGCUGUUGGAACAGAGCCACUGAUAACUCUGGAGAGCUUUGAUCAUUCAGGAGGAUUCAGUCUAUUGUUUGAAUCUAAAAACUGGUGGCCUGAACCAGAGGUUCUGUGGCUGGGUGAUGAGGGAAUCAACCUGAGUGGUGGAGUAACAGAAACACACAGAGACGGAGAAUUCUUUAGUGUUCAACAACGUAUCACUGUACUCAACGGUGACGCAGGCAGGUUCUACUGCAGAGUCCAACAGAGACAUCACAUGAAGGAGAACGAGUUCAUCAUCUCUAAUCAGAUUUUCUCAGCAUGGAAAACUGCUGUCUCAGCAUGGAAAACUGCUGUCAUCUGUGUUUCAGUUGGAAGUUUGAUCAUGAUCAUAGGAAUUGGGUUUGUAGUUUUCAUGAGUUGGAAAGUUAAAAGAUGGAGAAAGGAGUACGCUGAGAAAGUGCUUGAAGUCCAAACAUCCCUAGAAAAGCCUGGUUAUAAUCGUCUACAUGGAGUUGAUUUUUCUCCUGUUCAGUGGGCAGCGGUGGUGGUUGCUUUAUGUAACUCAGAUAUGGAAGAGUUUACUCUGGAAGAAUACAUGUCAUCAGAUGAAGGGGUUCGAAGACUGCUGCCACUGUCGGCUAAAGCUAACGCCGGGGUAUACGCUUCCCCGUGCUUUAUAGCGCUUACCGGCUCGGGGAUCUUUGUAGCGUCAUUGGCGCUUCCCUUGUGA